AUGGUGAAGCCUCUUUGCCUGAGCAUACAUUCUAAACACCAAGGAAAUCAGAAGAAAAAAUCGACAGCCAAAUUAAAAAACCCGAAAAAAAUUUCACCAAAGAUGAACAAAUCCGUCUUCUGUAUCCUCAUAACGUUGAUUCUAUACUCUUGCUCACGAGCAACAGCUGCUUUUACCAGCCUUGUACUUCCAGUCUGCAAGAAGAUCUCUCAAACCGACCCAAAUAAUGUUAGCUAUGAAUCUUGCGUAGCAAUACUCGGAUCUGAUCCUCGAAGUUCCACAUCGACAGCUCCACAACUAGCUCGGAUCUCCUUUGAGUUGGGUAUAUCGAGAGCCAAGGACAUUACCUCAACCAUAGAAAAGCUCUUGAAGACAUCGGGAUCUGAUCCUGCUGCUAGAAAUGCCUUAAAGUAUUGUUCGGGGGUCUACUCCGGAGUCCCGGGAGAGCUAGAUGCAAGCCUCGAGGCUAUAAAGGAUGAAGCUUUUGACACUGCAAAUGAGCGGGUAAGUGCAGCUGUUAAGGCUACAACUGCUUGUAAAGAUGGGAUGAAGGAGGAGACAGGAAAAAUAGCUCCUUUGAAACAAGAGAUCAAUGAAUUUAACCAGCUUUGUGCCAUUUCUAUUGGUUUCAUUAAGUUGUUGAGGAUCAUAAAUUGA